UAGAUCAUCCAACAUGGCGGCGUCCUGUUACGGCAUUCACUGACAGGAUAUGACUUAGGUCAAAAUAACAGCUUUACUUUUGAAAACUGAACAAAAAAUACCCCGAGAGAUAUCAUGCUUCCAGAAACUGCUCAGUGUUUAAAAACGGCGGCUCCGUUGUUUUCUCAAACCGUUUUCUUGAAGGAUUUGAGACGGUUGUCCGCACAUGGAGGAGCCAGCUGCCUGCAGGGCCGGAGACACUUCAGUGUCAGCGGCUGUCUGAUGGCCAAGGUUCCCCGUCCGCGCAAAAUCAAGGAAACAGUGGAGAUCCCCGGACUGGAGAUGAUCACCUAUGGCGAAAGGAUGCACUAUGUGCCGGGGUUGGCUAAGCCGGUUUACCCGAAGUGGGAGAGGGACUACAAGGACCCUAGAUAUUACAAGCCACCCCCGCCUCAUGAAAUGCCGCUUUUCAAAGAGAAGCCGUGCUAUGUGUACAGCCAGCGGACCAGUCCACUGGAAGGUGUUCGUCAGGCUCUGUGGCUGACAAAAUCCAAGAUGAUCUCUGCCCUGCCACCUCACCUGCUCUCGCUGGCAGAGAAUCCUGCCAAUCAGAUACCAGAUCAGGAUGAACGCGUGCAGAACGCCAUCAAACAUGCCCGCUUCUGGGACACGACGGAGGAAAAAACAGGCAAAGCGAAAUACAGCAACACUUUGCUCUACAACCUGCUCCAUCUGUGCGCAGCUCUACAGUCCAGUCACCCAGCGAUCGGAAGGAGGAUCCUUGCUGAGAAAUACUCAUUGGCAGCUACAUGGAAAAGAGGUGAAGACCUGUUCCAGAUAAGGGGUCAGAAUGGUUUGCUGCAUAACUGCAUGGAUCCCCUUCCAGUGGUUUCUGGGAAACAGGAAGUGAGCGAGACAGCAGAUUAUAACCUGGAAACCUUCUAUCCCAUGGCUCCAACAAUCAGCCUGCAGAAAGUACAAAUAUACAAAGAGGAAAUGAACUGCACAGGUUUCGUGGGUGACUACCCUUACCCUCAUGCCCACACGCUUUACUUCCUGGAAGAUGAUGGCGCUCGCUUUAAACUCCGCCCAGAUCAGUUUAGAGCCAAGAUGCUCAUGUUUGCUUUUGGAAACGCUCUGGCCCGUGCACGCAUGCUGUAUGGGAACGAGCCCCUGCAGGUACUAGAUCAUCCUAUAACGGUACAGGCAGUGGGGUCCAAUGGUAGAAUUUUUCAGUUUAUGGUUUUCCAGCUCAACACAACGGAUCUCUCAGGAGAUGACGGCAUCAAGAACCAGGUGUGGUUGGAACAUGAUGUCGAGCUCUACGAUUUUGCAAAAGUCCGACCACUCAUCAAGAAGAAGCAAGUGAAGGUACCAGCUGGUCUGGCAGGAUACAAACCUGAAACAUUCACCAAGUUCCUGGCCCUGUACCUGCAUGGAGCUGCAUAGGACAUAGGACCAUACUGUGCUGAUGAUGUCUCUUGGAGCCAGAGUCUGUGCAGUGGAGCCAUGGGCUCAUCUUCCCACCCAUACACCCUUCUGACCUAGUCAUGGUCAGUGCUCAGCUGUCAAUCACAACGUCCCACCCCCUUUUUUAUAGCACCAAAUAACUAAUUAAAACCAGACUUAAAAGAAAAAUGUUUGUUCUUGCUACUGUGAGUUCAUGCAAUAAAAACUGUCGUUCUGAAUAUGUA